GCCGGUCAGCAGGCAGGCGCGGAGUCGCUCUCCCUCUCCUCGCAAUCGCAGGCGAGCGGUCACCUGUCCGAGGGCGGCCAUUAUUCGGACACGACGGCGUCGGCGGCCGGCAGCGACGACGACGAGGGCAGCACCGCAGCGACGGACGGCUCGACGCUGCGCACGUCGCCCGCGGAGCAAGCGGGCAGCCAGAGCUCUGAGAGCGAGCACAGCAACAUAGACUCCGUAGAACAGAACGUAAGCGGCCGCAGCUCCGCCUACGGAGACGUGCUACCAGAGAGCGCCACCGGCGGGGUGCGCAGCGAGACCAGCUCUGUGGGUAUUCCCUACAGCGGCUACGUACAGCCAGAGGGAGCCGAGGAGACGGAUCUAGACACCAGCUACAGGCUUCACUCGCUGCGACUGCUGCUGCUUGAUAGACUCACGCAGGAGCUGCCGGAGCUGCGUGAGGUGGGUGGCGUGCGAGCGAUCCCCUUCAUGCAGGUGCUGCUCAUGCUCAGCUCGGACCUCGACAGCGACGAGGACGCAGACAAGGCGGCGCUAGACAGGUGA